CACCCGUGUGCCUGAACAGCCUCAGCACGCUCUCUGCUCUCAUUCAGCUCACAAGAGGCAACCAUGCAGUCCAGACAAAGGCCAUCUCGAGUCAUAGCAGUUAUGAGAAGACUCCUGUUCCUCUGACCGACCUAGCUGUGAACUUUCGGCAUGUUCGCAGCCGCAACUAAGAACUUUGUGAAGCAGGUUGGGGACACCGGGCGGCUGAUUCCCGUCCCCAGCCUCAGUGAGGCUGACCGAUACCAGCCCCUCAGCCUGGUGACCAGGAAAAGGAGAAGACAUUUCUGGAAGAAAACCAAAUAUGCCUCAACCCCGUUCUCACUGAAAGACAUACUCGUGGGAGAAAAGGAGAUUACUGCAGGUGUGUCCUCCUACCAGCUUCUCAACUACGAAGACAAGUCAGAUGUGUCCUUAAACGGGCGCCUGGGAAACCACCUGAUUCAUGAAGUGGGCGUCAACAUCAGUGGUUCAGACUCUGUAGCAGUCAAAGCAUCCUUUGGGAUUGUGACCAAACACGAGGUGGAGGUUCCUACCUUACUGAGGGAGCUGAGCUCAAGGAAAGUGGACCUUGACCACUGCCUGAUCCGUCAGUCUAAGGACAGUGGGCGAACCGUGCUGUGUGUCGUCAUGGAGAGUAUUCGCACCACACGGCAAUGUUCCCUCACUGUCCACGCUGGCAUGCGUGGGACUACCAUGAGGUUUCAGAUAGACGACGGCCGAAACCCCAAGGGCCGCGAUAAAGCCAUUGUUAUUCCAGCCCACACCACCAUAGCCUUCAGUGUAUUUGAGCUUUAUGUGCGACUUGAUGGACGUUUAGAUAUAUGUGUAGCACCGGAGUCAGUGGGCGGCUUUGAGAGGGAACAGAUCCGCGAGCAGCUUGGAGGAUUUGUUGGCAGGUUCUCUGUGGGCAGAUUGCGAAGGUUUCUAUCAGGGAUCAUUUAUGGAAACCCCUUCAGAGCAGAUGACAGAACAUUUGAAGAGCUCACCCACUCCGACAUGUAUAUGGACGAUGUGGCAGACUACUAUGAGAAGGCCGCCAGCAUGACUGACCUGUCCACCUCUUACCUUCGGGAGGACAAACAUACACGAGUCAACCUGCUCAACCACAACAUCCCUAAAGGCCCCUGCGCCCUUUGCGGCAUGGGGCACCAGCGCCGAGAGACUGUCUACGGCUGCCUGGAGUGUUCCUCUGGCGGCCAAAAAUACGUCCGGCUGCAUGCUGUCCCUUGCUUCGACCUGUGGCACAAAAGCUUGCGGUGAGGAACAGACAGACCACAUCGGGUUAGUGAGAUUAGUGCUGGUGCUGUGGAUACUGCUUAAGCCUAGUCUGGGACUAAAUUGCAAGAUCCUUGGCAAAUCUUUGGGUCUAGGGGGGAAAUUCAGAACACGUCUAGGGCUAGGCCUAAUCUGUUUCCAGUAAAUAGUCCACUUUGUUGUAAACACUGACUUUGUAUAUGAACACUCACUCACUACUUUAUAGGCCUACUGUAAAGGUGUACAAUUACAGACAUUCAUUAUUGGUCCCUCUCUGACCACAGGACCACUGCUGUCCAGAUAUUGUUUGGAUGGUGGUUCAUUCUCAGCACAGCAGUGACACUGACACUGACAUACGAGUGCCAUACACACUGUAUGCCUGUCAGUGUCAUAAGAGUGGUCCACCACCCAAAAUUAUCCAUCUAAGAACACCUCUGUGGUCAGAAAUUGACCCUAGGGCAGGGGUCUUUAACUGGUGGAAAGAAGUUCAGAUGUCAGUCAAGUAUUUUAGGCUUUGCUAUAAAACCAGCAAAGUAUAAAAACAAUUCUAUAGCAAAGCUGAUUAAAAUAUGUAAGAAAUGGUCAUAUUUCAGCUACAUUCAUGAAGAUGAAGCAGCGCAGCUUCUGUAGCAGUACUGUGGUCCAGUUUAUUCAGUCGCACACAUUUAAAGAAAUGAUUUAUUCAAAGGCAGCUCAUCAGAACAGUGCCUACAGGGCUGGAUAUCAGGUCAGAAAGCAAAUAAUUAACAUAUUUCCAUAGAUUUUUAAUUUUAAUUAUUAUUUCCGGUCCCCUUUUCAAGUUCAAUACAGAUGUGCCUCAUCUGUUCGGAGUCACAAGCAAAAACGUUAAGCAUCAGCGCCACUCCGAAACAAAUCAGUUCAAAUUAACCUACCAACAAAAUCCUGUUCUGAGGACAAAUGAAAUAAAUGCAAAGCUCAGCAUGAAAAGUCCGCCAGGGAGCUCGUCCAUUCUCUGACAGCGCAAGAGCGUGAAAUGUUUAUUAAGACCAUAAUAUUUCAACUUAUUUUUUUAUUAAUUUAAUUUACUUUACUUUAUGGAAAGACAAGAUACUUUAAAGUGUUUUUUCCAGUUACUUAUUUAUCUAUUUAUUUACUUAAAAACAAGCCAGUGGCCAUACCACUUUAAAAUGCCUAUUAGAUUCCAAAAAUACAUUCAAACUACAACAUCAAAAAUGUGUAGAAAUAUAUUUGAUGUUUCUUAUUUGAUUGUAUUAGUUGCCUGGACUAAUCAUUAAUAGUUAAGUAUUUAAAGGUAAUUGUCAUCGGCACUAACUUGUGUUUGUUUAUCUGGACCUUUGUUAGCAAGAAACUUGAUGCAACUGGACCUUUCCAGGUUUGAGUUGAAUACUCCUAGUCUAGAGGAUCCUUAACACAAAUUGAGCGUGGGAACAGAAUGGCUACAGUCUGCAACUGUACACCAGCAAUGUGGACCUACAAAGUAAAGCUUUCUAAUAAAGUGACCAGUGAGCCUGAGUGUUUUAUUAUGGAUGUGGAACUGAUUGGUUCAAUGAGAUGCAACAAGAGAGUAACUGAAAAUGGCAGUAUUUACUGUCAGACUUUUACAAACGUAAUGGACAUAGAACUGAACUGAACAGAACGGAAAGGAUUUGUUUUGAGGCAGAUUCACUAUUAAGUUUAAACCUAGGCUUAACCUGUCUGACAAUCAAGUCUCAGAGAUUUCAACCAAUCCUAUGCAAAUAACUGCCAUUGUUAAAGGGAACUCAGUGUUCUGGAAUAACAAGAAAAAUUACGACACUUUUUAAACCGUUUGUUGAUGAAGUUGUGAAAAGUACUGUGGUGCUCAUCAUUUUGUUUACACAUCAGUUGCAAUGUGGGCCUCUCUCACAAAGCAGGGUUUCUUGCUUAGCCAGCUAACUUUAAAUGUAUUCUGACCUAACCCUGGAUUUUCUAUCUCAUGAUGGUGGAUCACUUUUUACCAGGAUACAUUACCAUGUCUAACUGCUCUCGGCAGUUGGCAUUUCUGAUCGUAAUAUAUAGUAAAUUAGACUAAGCACUAACGCAGUGGCAGUGGUGACGGGUUUUCUUUUUUACUGGUAAACAUGCUUUACUUCCUACAUACACUAUAUAGCCAAAAG